CGCGCAGAAUUCUCAUCUAACGUGGCGCUCUCGCUGCGUGCGGCCAAUCUACAAGACAGCAUCGACGGCAUUGGCGAGUGCGCCGGACAGACCGCAUCGUCCAUGGAGGAAGCCAUGGAUAGCUUGCGACACGCCGGGGAAGACUUGUUCUCGUCGCAGGAGCUCCGCAUGAAAGAGCGUCCCACGCGAUCCUCGGGCACGUUAUUCGUGGAUCUCGGCAGUGACUUCGGGCCUUGCCAGGCAAAUUCCGCAAAGCCAAAAUUGAACACCGGCAACCGUGCACAUAAAGACGCGAUGCUGGGGACGCGUUCAAGCACAAAAAAGAACCUGACUAGCAGCGGAGACGAGCUUGACUUCCUCUCGCCCGACCGGCGACAAGCUGCCUCUGCGAAUAAGAAGUCGAGCGGAGGCCGUAGCAUGGCAGGCGCUGUGGAAUACGAGAAGGAGGGGCAAAGGGACAAGCCGGACAAGAUUUUUGUCAAUGGAGAGUAUCACGACAUCAAUCCCGACUUUCCUCCCGAUCGAAAGCUCCCCUCAUUCAAAAAGAAGACCGCUGGCAAUAGGGACUCGCACCACAGCGAGUCGUCGUUGAACUCCCCCGCUCAGGUGCGAACUAGGUCGGCCACGUCUCGCGCUGCUUCCUCGACACCGUCGUCGCCUCCUGUCGCCUCCUCUUCGCGGCUGGCGCCGAGACUCGCGUAUUCAGGCACGCGAAAUGACACCAUAGACGGGGGCACUUGUGGCGGCCAGCGCAAGGGACGGCAGAAGAAGCAGCCUCCUCUUCAUGAACCCAGCAAUCGUAAAGGCGCGCAUACACCCAUCUCCGUGGGGUCUGACGUCGAAGACGUGUUCGACACGCCGCGCGCAAAGGCGGCUCGGCGUCCCAAGCCGCGUCCAACAUUCAAGGGCUCCAAUGCGGAGAACGAUGAUGGAUCAGAGGAGGAACAUCCAAAGAAUAACAUGAAGCGAGGGAAGCAUUUCAGACCUCUGGAGGAGUUUCCACAUAUGUCCCCGCUCAGGAACGAAAACGCUCCCGAGAAGACGAAAGGCAACGGAACGGCCAAGGAUGAGGAAGAUCCCAUUGCAGCACUAUCUCCUCUAUCAUCUCAAGCACGAGAACAGCAUGCCACUGUUAAGGCAGCUACUAAGCUAAAGCUCCCCCAGGCAUUUCCGAUGCUGUCGCCCCUCUCAUCGCCUGUCAGAAAGGACCAUGGUAGGAAAUCUCAGGUCAGCAGUGAGCGACAGGGGUCAUUAUCUCAAGGCAGCCGCUCGAGCAAGGGAAAAGAGCGCGCUGGCAUGUUAUCAUCUACUGAAAGCGAGGACGAUGAGGAUGCUUAUGCGCACUCAAAGUCUGGAUAUAAAGUCAGACCCUUCCCUAUGGAGACACAAGUGCUCGAGGGCAUCGGACAUUCCCCUGGCAAACGCGGAUCAGGCGAGGAUAGCGGUGAUGAAGAUCUUGGGGUACCGAGGCGGGAGCGGAAGAAGAGACGUUCUGAGGAGAGCGAGUUGUGCGUAGCCUUACACCACAUGCACGUUGUUGAACACUGCCGCUCAACACAUCGCGACAGCCUGGCCACGAACAUUGGUGCUAACAAAUCAUCGGAACUCAACGAAGACGAUCUAUUGUACCUGAACUCAGCCGUUGACCCAUCCACUCUAUGUCCAUGGUGCGACGAACCUCUGCCCUCCGCUCCAACUCCGCAUCUCCUGGCGCUCAUCGCGACCGCCCGCGAGGCGUCCUGGCCGGAUCCGCGUCCGACAAACUGCCUCGGGUUACGUGCUGACUUGGGCCUGUUCGUCGAUGUCUGCCAGCGCCAUGAAUUCGAGAACCACCAUGUGCCGCUUGCGCGGCGGCGCGGAUGGCCGACGGGAAUCGACUGGGAUGGUCUGUCUGCACGUGUGCAGGCGCUCCAGCCAUGGUUGCAGGAGAUCGUAGACGACGUGGACGAGGAUUUCCAAUUGGGCGCAGAGAAGGAGGAUGAAUCGGAUGAACGUAGUGAUGGCGACAAGUGGAAUGACCGACCUAGAAAGGGCAGCGUGUUUUGGAGGGAUGUGGUGACAAGGAUCAAGAAGAAAGGCUCAAGGCAGCUGGCUGGCGUCGCGGGACAGUUUGCGAGCUUCAACAAAACUCAGCCUGGCUAUUAUGGCGAAUUAGGAUAUGUGAUUAUCCACCAGACGAUCUACAACCUCUUUCCGCCCUCUUCUUUCGACCCGCACUCCACCCUACCGUUAACUCCGACCGACUUCAUCCAACUCGUCCUAGCGCCAGAGGCCGCCGUGUCGCUCGUCAUGCACGACAUGGACCAGACUCGCGAACAGGCAAUUGCCACGCUUCACGAGAGCGCCGAGUACGGCGUCGCUAUGUUUCCGGAUGACCAUCCGGACGGAGAGGAUGUCGUCGGCGCUGGGGAGCAGAUCAUUAUGCGGCGGGCGCAGCGGAGGAGGAAGGAAUUGGAGGAGGAGGAGAAGAUGGAGGAGAUGUGGAGCACGCCAGAACCGCCGCCGGAGCAGCUGCGCAAGGGAAGGUGGAAAACUAGGCCCAAGAAGAUGGCAGCGGAGGAUGAGAAUAGCGAUGUCGAGACCAGCGAUGCACCGAGUCUGGCGAAGGGUAAGGGCAAGACGAAGUUAUCACGAGACAGAGUGAAGUCUUCCCGGGCUAGGACGGAGCUCAGAAACAACGUAAUUGUGCUGAUUGACGAUGAGGAUCCCGGUUCCAUGCGAAAGAAGGGUCAAUUUCAGGAGGCUGUGAAGUCAUCAAGAACAAGGUCGAAAGCGCGUAGUGUUGCGCCGCCUUCCGACAUGGACAUAGCUUUCUGCGAGGACGGAUCCAAGGAAGGUGGUCCGAACAAGCCAACAAGAAGAUCUAAGCCCAGGAGGAAAGGCCGUGCUCCUGACACGAAUCAAGAGAGGCAGUCACAGAGGGAGAAGGAGAACCUGCCCACGAGCGAUAGCGCUGACUCGGAUGCACGGAGAGUAGAAUAUCCGGACAUGAAGCGAAUGGCGUCGCCGGAGCUCCGGUUUGGUAGAGACGGGAAUGUGCAUCCCUCGCAGGGCUCGGAGAUCGUUGAGCAGGAUGCGACGCCAAAGGCCCAAAAGCUUUCUCAAGCGUCGUCGCAGUCAUCCACUGGUGCAGCCGUCGGUGUUAGCCAGCGAUCGAUGCAUCCUCUGUUGAGAGCGCGAGCGAUGCAUGCUCAAUCGGACGAAAACCUCAGUCAAGAGCGUAUGAAGGACAAUUCUGCGGAUACUUCUGACAAUGACAAUCGCGUCGGAUUCAACGGUUCUGUUCGUCAAUGCAACAUCCGCGCUCGAGGGCGUACGAAGAAGGAUUCCGAGUCUUUCAGAUGGCUUUUGGAAAGCUCGAGUCCAGCGUCGUCACAAGAGACGCGGUAAAGCGCUGCACGUUCUUUCAUACAUAUCGCUGGAUGUGCACGAUGGGCGACUGCUCGGCACUGAUGGCUCUCCUA